ACUGAGCUGAAGACACAAUGUCGCUCCCACUAAAUGGAAAUAAAACCUAGCCUAGCUCCUACUACGGAGAACAAAGCUAAAAACCCGAUAUGUCAUUUGAUGACUCUCUCGUCGUCAUGUACAUAGGUAAAAGGAGGUAAGCAUGUCCCUACCCAGCUAGGUAGAUAGUACUUAAGCCCUUGCAUCGCUUCAGUAACAUCGACACAUGCCCCUCGACGUCCAACUCGCCAUAUGUUGGCUCGUUGGCUUCUACCUCCUUUCAUUUGUCUCCCAACUGGCACUCAUUGAUUGAUAACCCACUCCUGCUCUUUUCCUCAAUUCUUCACACUCAUUACCGCAAACCACCACUUGAAAAGCAAAGUGAAAGUAUCAUGCCUUUUCAAAACCCCCUUGUGUUAAGCUUGACUGCGCUGACCGUCACGCUGAUCAUCAUGGUCUGGCGCAAACUCUGCCCGACCCCGUGCCCCGGCAUUCCAUAUAACCAAAAGUCAGCCGGCCGCAUCACCGGCGACAUUCCCGACCCGGAGUUGAAGGCCCAGAAGCGCUUGUGGGCUGACGUGAUGGGCUCCGAGUUCCUGCACAAGGCCGCGGCGCCGAACAUCUAUAAAGCCACUCUCGAACUACUAGACCUUUGGCAACUCAAAGCAUCGACUGUAUAUAGAGUCCAGCCUUUUAGUGUCCACGAAGACUUCCAGAACGCGGCUCUGGAUGCCAUUUGGGUCGCCGUUGUCGGUGAAGAGCCUGGAGUAACGAGGCACGAGAUACACACAUUGCGAAGUCAAAACGCCGGCUAUACCAACACGGACAAUGGCGCAAGCUUGAGUGAGCCUCCUCGUGGUAUCUUCCUGAUGGAAGAGGUUGCAUACAUCGCGGACACAAUAGCUUCCAGAAGAGCUUAAAACCAUGCGUGCGACGGGAAAGAUUUUUCGGCAGCCAGAUAUGCUGUAUGCGAGAGUAAAAGCUCUGUAGAAACAAAGGUAGAUAUAUGUAGGUAACAUCUCCUUAUGGCGUCUGACACAGAUAAGUGGGAUUUGGCGAAGGGGACACUGAUUGGCUAGGUUCAAAAUAUCAAGCUGAAACAGCGUCCGC